UAACACGAAGAAGAAGAAGAAGUGCUCCGGUUGGGAAGAAGAAGGACCGUAGUGACACUUACAGUUCACCGACCUGUCUGUGCUGUGCGGUCGGUAGCUUGAUAAUCAUCCUCCCGCCGACAGCCCAAUGAACCAAACGUUGACGUUAGCGAACGACAGCAGCCGGUAACCCUCGCGCGCAGACAUGGCAGACGAUGAAAUAGAUUACAACAUCGUGUUUCCAGAUGCGGGGACGUCGGAGAGGCACUGGCAGGGGACAAAGGAGCCAGUUGUGAUACUGUUGGGCUGGGCUGGUUGCAAAGACAAGCACCUCUCCAAGUACAGCUCCAUCUACAAUGAACAGGGAUGUGUCACCGUCCGCUACACAGCUCCCCUGAAGACGGUCUUCAUCUCAGAGUCGUUUGGCUACAAGGAGCUGAGCAGCACAGCCCUGAAGCUGCUGGAGAUCCUCUACGACUAUGAGGUGGAGAACAGUCCUGUUUUCUUCCACAUUUUCAGUAAUGGCGGCUUCAUGCUGUACCGUUACAUUGUCGAGUUGCUGCACAGUGACAAACAGUUCAGCUCCCUGUGUGUGAUUGGAGCUGUAGUGGACAGCGCCCCAGGUAGUGGGAAUGUCCGAGGGGCCCUGCGUGCACUGACGGCCACCUUAGGGCCAAAAAUAAGCCCUUUUUUAAGGUAUGUCCUCUUAGCACUUUUUGCAGUGACUGUUUUCCUGUUGCGAGUUGUGCUGUACCCCCUGACCAAGUACAUCCACAAGAACCACUAUGACGCUGUGCAGGAGAGGCCACCUGCCUGGCCUCAUUUCUACCUGUACUCCAAAGCAGACCAGGUGAUCAGGCACAGGGACAUUGAGCUCUUCUUGGAGACCGUGAAGCAGAAAGGCGUCCCCGUGGACAGUUUUGAUUUUGUUUCCAGUCCCCAUGUUGGUCAUUUCCGGGAUUUUCCUGAACAGUACGCUCUUAAGUGUCGCGAUUUCCUGGUUGCUUGCAUGAAGGACUCAGAAGGGACUGAGAUGAAGAAGAGACACCGGGUUCAAAACCAAUGAAACGUGGGAGAGUCCCUCACAGGAUUUUGCAAAACAUCUGUUAAACCGUCUUUUCCAGAUCUUGAAGAGAGGUGAAGAAAUUAGAUUUUUUUUUUCCUCUGUGGUCUGAAAAAUCUCCAAAAAAAUGAGUCUGAAAAUUUUGUAAAGACAGCUGGAUCCUGGCAAAGUUUCUUUGUUUUCAUCUGUGGGACAGUUCCAGAGAUGUGGUCUAGGUCUGCCGAGCUUAAUCCAUAUCUGGAAAACCAGCCAUAUGAAACACUAACUCACAUAUCUACUUGGCACAAAGGCAUAACCCUGCCUACUCAACAGUCAUGCACCACAUGUAAAAAUAACUAUACAAACAAUUGCUAUACACUGGUAAUUUGGUACUUAAAUUGUAUUUAAUAUUGCUGUGAAAUGUGAUGAAUUGUAGACUAGUAGUAGUGAUUCUAAACUGAUGAGACUGGUUAUUGGAAAAUAACAAUCUGUAUCUUCUAUUUAUAAAAUUUGAAAUGUAUUUAUGGUUUUAAUCAUUAAAAUGAAAUCACAAGGGUGCUUGAAAUGAAGGCGGCUGUGACACAUUAAAAAGAUUAAUCACAUGUUUUCUUUGAGUAAAAAAAAAAAAAAAAAAAAA